AUGGACUCCCGCGUCGUGGCCCAGGCCACCUUCACUACCGUAGGCCGUACCUUCUACGCAGCGCAAGAGAUGUUUAACCGCACGCUCGAGAUAAUUAACGCCGCGGUCGACAUAGAAUCCAUCCUCAAGAGCGCACACCACCGGGCGCAGUUCGCCACGAUAGUAGCGGAGUCCCGAACGCGCAAGAAGAUUACUCUGCCGGACAACCCAAUCGGUCAGUCCAUUAACCACCUCGCGACACACUCCCAGGGAGACCUCGACCAGCUCUCCUUCCGCAAGGAAGACAUCCACCCCGACGCGGAGUUCGUCGCCACACCACCACCAAAGACGGUGAAGCGCAAGGCCGACAGCACGGACACCACCAGCGCCGCCAAGCGCCCCCGCAUCGUCGCUACACUACCCGACAGCACACCCGCCCCGGACACCACUAGCAAGCGCUCCCGUGCCAAGAAGGAGAAGGCUCCCGCCUACGACUAG